AUGGCGCCGUACCCGAAAUCUUUCGCUAAGCCUGGGGAGAGGUUUAUCUAUGCACCAUCCAGCACGCCCUUCCAGCAUUUGACAGACGAGGAAGCCAAAAACUUUGUGGAACGUGGCUGGCUUCGCGUCGAAAACGCUAUCGAUCCAGAUGUUAUACGGCGGUGGAUGAAGGAUCUCUGGGUCCGUUGCGGGUAUGAUGCUGGCGACAAAUCCACAUGGGCACAGGAGUACCUUCACCUGCCCUUCCAUCGGCAACUUCGUUACGAGAAGUUCGCGCCAAAGGCGUUUGAAAAAAUCACUGACAUCAUCGGCGGUGUUGAAGCUUGGGAUGACGAGCGAGAACGCUGGGUGGGGGACAAUUUUGUGGUCAACUUUGGUUCCGAGUCCAGGUCCCGAGAGUCAGACAACGUAAAAUUGCCCAAGCAGAAAGGCGGCUGGCAUUGUGACAAUGACUGGUUCCGACAAUUCCUUGACUCCUCAGGAACAACGUUGACGGUCAUUAACUGCUUCACGGAUAUUCCACCAGGAGGCGGAGGUACUCUAUUAUGCGAGGAUGGCUUACGAGAGGUUUGCAAGCGACUUUACGACCACCAUGAAGGUCUCGAUCCAGCUUUAACCGCUGAUGAUCUGACUAUCGGCGUGCGCGAGUGCGAGAUAUUCCAGACUGUCGAGGCGAAGAAGGGCGACGUCUUCAUCCUCCACGGUCUGGUUCCGCACACAGCGAACUACAACUAUCACCACUAUGCUCGCGUCAUCACCAACACCCAUGUCACCCUGAAGGACCAGCUUCAUCUGGAUCGACCUGACAAGAAUUAUACCCUUGCGGAACAGGUCAUUCUUCGAGCACUGGACCGAGAGUCUAUCCCGGAGUUCAAGCCCACGCGCGAGCGAAAGUUUUGGUACCCUCGGAACUUUUGCUUCAAGGAAAAGAGGAUUGAAGAUGAGCUGAAGGCUAUGAAAGAUGCCGCAGCUGCAGAAGGACUGGACCCCAGCAAUAUUGAUAGCAUUUGGGUGAGUGAGAAAGCUCGGUCUGAUUUCGCGAGGAAGAAUGGGUUGUUGUUACCAGUGCACGAAGAGGCUGGAUUUGAGACGACGCAGCACUUAAUUCAGUAA